AUGUGACGGAGCGGGUCACGUGACUCAGAGGCAAGGAGGUCGUCUUUCCCGAGACGCACUGCGGCUGCGCUUCUCGGAGGUCAAGAUGGCGGCGAGGGCACCUGCUGCAGCCAGUGGUCGUUUGCUUGAAAGUGUGCGGAAGUGGUAUUACAAUCUAGCCGGAUUCAACAAACUUGGACUUCUGCGAGAUGAUACAAUGUAUGAAGAUGAAGAUGUGAAGGAAGCACUAAAGAGACUUCCUGAAGAGAAGUACAAUGAGAGAAUAUUUCGUAUCAAGAGGGCAUUAGAUUUGUCCAUGAGGCAACAGAUCCUUCCUAAAGAACAGUGGGUAAAAUAUGAAGAGGAUAAACCAUAUCUGCAGCCAUACCUGAAAGAAGUCAUUCGUGAAAGACUUGAAAGAGAAGAAUGGGACAAGAAAUAAUUGCUGCUGUCAUUGGUUCGUUCAAGUGUUUGUUUCAAAAAAUUAAAUUAUAUGAUUCAGGUAGGGACAUCUGUUGAGCACUUUUGAGUAUUGAGAAGAAAUCUGUGCAACUCUUUGCUCACUGGUAUGUGUUCAUCCAACUCAAAUAAACAUUACCAAAUCUUGGAA